AUGGACUCAACACUCCCAGAUGCUUUUGAUGCAUCUCAAACCGGUUUGUACGCCGGACAGAUUUCCAGUGCAGGCAUGGUUGAUUCAGAGGGUACAAAUGGGAACACGAUAGCACCAGCGCCUUUUGCAAAGGUUGAUGAUCCACCUAAAUUUGAACUCGAGUCUUACAUUGCGAACUACAACGGCCGGACCAGAUUCAAUCGCUUGUACCUCAUAGGCACUUGCUCCACGUAUCUCUCUACGGAAGCGCUCAAGGCUGCGGUAGCUGAAGCGAAGUCGGGAAAGGAUGUAGUCAGGUACCAACAGGCUGUCCGAGCACUGGCCGAAGUCUCACCGAAUGAACCUGAAGCCAUCGAGGACACGAAAUGGGUGGACCAUAUGCAGAGAGUUGUGAAGUCUGAGACGGACCGGUUAGAGCACGAGCUGAGGGGUUAUAAGAACAAUCUGAUCAAGGAGAGCAUACGGAUGGGCAACGAAGAUCUCGGACUACACUAUCAUCAGAUCGGCAACCUGGUGGCCGCUUCCAAGGCCUACUCCCGCAUGAGAGACUAUUGCACAACACCCAGCCACAUCGCCUCUAUGUUGUUCAAGAUUAUCAACGUGGCAAUCGAGCGGGGAGACUGGUUGAGUGUACAAUCCAACGUGCAACGGCUGCGGAACCUUCAGUCGAAACCGGAAGAGCAGGCGAAGAAUCAACCUAAGAUUUCUGCCGCCUUGGGCUUGUCCCAGCUGCAUUCCGGAUCGUACUUGGAUGCCGCGAACAGUUUCUUGGCCACGGAUCCAUCGCUUGGGGAUUCUUACAAUGAAGUCCUCACAUCGAACGACGUGGCGGUCUAUGGUGGGCUCUGUGCUCUUGCGUCGAUGGAUCGUAACGAGCUCCAGCGCCGCGUACUUGACAACAACUCGUUCCGCAAUUUCCUCGAACUAGAACCGCACAUUCGCCGGGCGAUCUCCUUCUUCUGCAAUUCCAAGUUCCGGCCUUGUUUGGAGAUUCUUGAGUCCUACAAAGCUGAUUAUCUACUCGACAUCCACCUUCAACGUCAUGUCAGCACCCUUUUCACCCGCAUCCGCACCAAAGCUAUCCAGCAAUACCUCGUUCCUUUUAGCCGCGUGACGCUCGAUUCUAUGUUGAAGAUCUUUGCUCCAGGGGUCGCUGGCGGCCAAGCCCAUCCGACCGACUUCAACUCCCCGUUCGUGCAAGAGUUGAUCGGGCUGAUCCAGGAUGGGACGCUGGAUGCUCGGAUUGACCUGGAGAAGGGGGUACUUGUAUCUAAGCAGACCGAUCUACGGGCAGACGUGCAGCAAGCAGCACUCGAGAGCCUUGUCAGAUUCAGAAAAGAGGCACAUCUCCGGCUGUUGCGGACUAACAUCCUUCGUGCCGGGCUUGAGGUGCGGGCACCGGGAGAAGAGAGAAAGCUCAGGCCGGAGGAUCGAGGCGUUGGAAAGGGACCGGCUGGGCUAGGGGGCAAGUUCUCUCGCUCCGUUGUCAUCAUCGACAAGACCUCAGACCAUCAGUUCUCAGCUUCAGCAUCGGCAUUGAUCAAUCCUGAAUCUGUUGUGAUCAUGGCGCUCGUCGACCAAGCCGCUACAUUCCUCCACCAAUACAUCUACUCAUGGCUGCACAUCACCCCCAGUAAAACACCAGACGCAUUGAAACUAGGCGUCAUCUCCACCGCCCAAAUCAACCCUGCAGCCAGCAAGUCCACCCCUUCCUUCAUUCUCUACGCCAUCGCCUCGCGCGAUCCCCCGACCGCCCAAAAGCACCAGAAAUGCUACCAUUUCACCAAAGCCUACGGCUCGUACCAGGAUCUCCUGGACGAUCAGGACGUGGACAUCGCGUACAUUUCCACGCCGAACGGGCUGCACUACGAGUGGGCGGCGAAAGCGCUCCGGGCGGGGAAGCAUGUGCUCUGCGAGAAACCGUUUACGGCUAAUGCGGACGAGGCGAAGAGGCUGGUUGAGCUGGCGAGGGAGAAGGGGCUGAUCGUCGAGGAGGCUUUCCAUCCGGCUGCGCAUGCGUGGCGCCAGAUCCUGGAUUCGAGGGAGUAUGGGACGAUACUCUGUACGAAGGCUGCUAUGACGGCUAGUCCUGGGAUUCCGGGGGGGGAUAUCCGGUGGAAGUUUGAUUUGGCGGGCGGAUCGGCAAUGGACAUGACCUAUGCGCUCUCGUUUACCCGCUUCGCGCUGCAUGCAAAGCUACCGCAGGAGAUCAUCUCCGUCAGCGUGCGGCCAUCCAAGGAUGACCCGCGCGUGGACGAGGCCAUGUACGCGCACAUUGACUUUCAAGGCCCGCAGGGCAACCCCGUGCACAGCCGCGUGUACACGGACAUGGCGCGCGAGAAAGUCGCGGGCCUGGUUCCGCGGGUCUGGGAAUUACCGUCCAUCGAGGUCGAGACGGAGAAGGCGAUUAUUUACUUCUAUAACGCCAUGAUGCCGCAUCUCUACCACUACAUCUCGAUCCAGGAUAAGACGACGGGCAAGGUGAGCUAUAAGAAGCAGUACUCGGGUGGUCCCUUGUGGGGCAAGGUGGUAACGAGCACGGGGGAGAAGGGCGGGAAUCCGCACUGGAGUACGUAUCGAUGGCAGCUGGAGGCAUUUGUGGAUGCGGUUAAGGGGAAGACGCCGGCGUACUGGGUGAGCAAUGAGGAGAGUAUCUGGCAGAUGGAGUCGAUUGAUGCGCUGUACAAGGCGGCCAAUUUGCCUGUGCGACCGUCACUUGGGACCAAGCUGGGAUAG